GCGCGUCCAGAAGCGGCCGCCAGAACGCGCCCGAACGCGUCUGUCAUCUGGAGGAAACUCCUCCCUGCAGAGCGGCGCGUCCCGUCGCAUUUCCAGCGCAAUGGUCUCCUGGAUCAUCUCGAGACUUGUGGUAAUUGUUUUUGGGACUCUAUAUCCAGCGUACUACUCUUAUAAAGCUGUGAAGUCAAAAGAUGUGAAAGAAUACGUGAAAUGGAUGAUGUACUGGAUCAUAUUUGCCCUAUACACUGCUGUGGAAGUGUUUACGGAUAUGUUUCUUUGUUGGAUUCCUUUCUACUAUGAGCUGAAGAUAGCCUUUGUGGUGUGGCUGCUGUCCCCUUACACUAAAGGCUCCAGUGUGCUAUACAGGAAAUUAGUUCAUCCCACGCUUUCCUCAAAAGAAAAGGACAUCGAUGAGUACAUCUGCCAAGCAAAGGACAAAAGCUAUGACACACUUGUGCAUUUUGGGAGGAAGGGCCUGAAUGUUGCUGCGUCAGCUGCAGUUUUGGCUGCAACAAAGAGCCAAGGGGUCCUGUCGGAUCGACUGAGGAGCUUCAGCAUGCAGGAUCUGUCCGCCUAUCAGUCGGACCCUGUGAACACCGGCGCCGGCCCCACGCAGCCCGCUGCAGCACCGCAGAGGACCAGGUCUAUGAUGCGCAGCAAGUCGGAGAGCUGCAACAAGGGACAGGAUUUUGACAUGACUGAGUAUGAGAUGUUGGGUUUGGAAGAGUGGGACUCCAAGUGCCCGCUGUCCCAGACAUUUUUACCUUCUGAGUCUGAAUCCCCUGUAAUUCCCUCGCUGACACCGCAGUCCUCCCCACCUUCCACACCCUCUCCACCUGCCUCUCCUCUGGCUCCGGAGCAGCCUGAGGAGGUGGGGAAAGAGGUGCAGGUAGCAUCAGGCUCGCCACAGCUCAGGCUGUUUAAGAAGAAGGCUCCUGAGCCUCCUCUUAGAGUCUCAAGGCCUCUCACAAGAUCCAGAAGUGCUCGUUCUACGAACAAUGAAGCCGUGUGAAACUGUCCUAAAGACGACUCCAGCUGCCUUUGCUGCAAGAAGUAAAAAUACAAAAUGGCCAAAAGCGACAUGACUAAAGCAGCCUUGCUUUGGAAUAAGGUAUUACCAAAGUGACCUAUGAUAACCCCUCUAUCGUGUAUGGCUCAUGAUUCAAAAACAAUGACAUUUGUGACAUUGACAUAGUACGAAUGAAUGGGUUCUACGCUGAUAGACAUUUUGAGUUUUAGGGUUAUUGAAUAUGUAUUUAUGUACAGUUUUUGUGUACUUCAUCUUUCUGAUUUGAUUCAUUUUAUAUGUCAGGUUUGGGUAGACAAUUGCAUGUGUGUCUUCCCAAUUUAGUACGCUGUUUACUUAACAGAAUGUACUGUUGCUGAAUAAAUAAGCAGGCAUUGAGAGUGACGGGGUCACUCUUAAAGAAUGUGUUAAAAGCCAAGGAUCAAAAGAAAAGGCUGUUUUUACCCCAUUCAAUAUCAAGAAACCCCUGUGAGCAGCUGAAUUCUGCACUUAUUAUUUUAUCACAUGAAGGAAUCACCCAAAAAACUAUUCCAAGAUGAGACAACCUAACUUUUUAAUAAAGAAAAGUCAGACAGCAGCGUCAGAUAAUAUUCUGUUAUUUACCUCUAUUAAAGAAAGACAUCAAAAUACAAAAUGUCUCAAAUCAUGAUAUAAGUAUUUCUAUAACAAUUAUGUUCACAUUAAACAAUCAUGUUGCACUAUGAAUAGAAUAUGAAGUUAUUUCCUUAAGACACUGACACAACUUUAAAAGUAAAACAGUAGCAAAAUAUUAUUACAAAUAAUUAUAUUAUUAUUGCUUGUUUCUUACUUUCUGUGUUCAAGAAAUAACUACUCUAUAACGAGUAAUAGCAUUUGCUAUUAAGUCAUGACUGCAGGUUUCCUUUGUGAAGCAGAUCGUAUGGACAAUCCACUUUUCUGUUUAACACAUUUUGUCAUUUAAUUGACAAAUUAUGGCCAAUUACUAAAGAGUUCCGUUGAGUCUGCAGAGGAAAAGGAUAUAACCUGAGUUUUUAUUUCUUGUAUAUUAACAUGUUUUCUUCUUCAUGUUUAAAACCACUGUAUAGUGUUCUGCUGUUAAGGAACACUCAACCCAACAAUCUACUUAUUUUUAAGGCUUUACUUUAUUUCAUUGCAGGUUCCCAAACUUCCAUGGAGGUUAAUAUUGCAUAGCGUUAGACUGUUUUUAUUAUAUUCUUAAUUCACUGAGCCUCAAUCAUAGAACCAAUUUACAAAAAGUAUCACUGUGUUGGACAGAAUUAUCAUUGCCAUCACGGUAUCUGUGUUUAUAUGGGUUAUUUGAAGUUUUAAACAAAAGCUUCUCAGGUACAACUGCUGUUUACACAUCAUUGACUCUGAUGUUGUAGAUACACUUGUUAUGCACAUAAAAUGUCCUUUUAAUGGUAAAAACCUUAAGGAAAGGUCAGAUUGUGUUUCAACGUGAGUAGUGUUAGUGCGGGUUUCCUUUUACUAAAAUUCAUGCAAAGUGAAAGAAAAUUUAAAAAAACAUGUUGCAAAGUAGCAGAUAUGUAUACUUGUGCGUAGACUAAAAGUCAACACUGCAUGACGUUUGAUAUUAAUUUGUAUGAAAAAAUGUUUUUUUCUUAAGAGGCCUUUCUGGUGAAGAAUUUAGCAUUUUUGGUUGCUUUGAAGAAAGAAUAUGAGAUGUAAUGACUAUACACAUGUUGACUAUACCUAUAGUCUUAUUUACUGAUGAACUAGCCCCUUAGACUUUAUUCACGAGGAGGUCGCUCUUAAAUUACCCAAACAUUUCUUUCUGGCAGGCCAGAAUAUCAAAUGGCUUAAAUUUCAACCUGAUUGUGAAAUAAAUAACAAAGUUGUGACACGAUAGUCUAUUUGUUUCUCACCAUUGUUCUAACUGGGUUUAUGUUUAAAUCGAGCCAUUAAAUAUGAAGCAAACUGA